AUGAGCGACUACAACCAUCUAUACCAGCAGGGGCUUUACAAUCUCUCCCCUGAUCAGCAAGAUCUUCUCCUCGCCGCUCUUUCCUCCAACAACCCUUCUCACAAGCAAUCUUACGAGACACCCGCCAAGCCUGAGCACAGCCCCGGUCAUACUUCUUCCAAUGGCCAGAGUGCGCCUCCAUCUGGUGGAUUUGAUAAUUCUCAAUUGAACGGCUUUAGUUUCCCGGAUGACGAGAGCCCUUUCCUCGAUUUCAAUCCCGAGGUCGACUUUGAAUUCCCCGAUUCAGCCAACUUGAUCGGCGACCUCCCGGGCGAUCCGUCUCCCGACCAUGAGCUGGGUGGGAAGCGUAAAUCUAUGGACGGGAAGCCGGAUAUAGAUCCUGAAGAGACAGGCAAGAAGCGGAGAGAGAGCGAAGCCAAGAAGCCGGGCCGGAAGCCGCUGACCUCAGAGCCCACUACGAAACGCAAGGCACAGAAUCGUGCUGCCCAGCGGGCCUUCCGAGAGCGCAAAGAGAAGCACUUGAAGGAUUUGGAAACCAAAGUCGAGGAGUUGCAGAGGACUUCUGACUCGACUUCUCAGGAAAACGGGCUACUCCGGGCCCAGUCGCGGAAAUGGGCUCUCUGCGAUGAGCACUGGCCUGCCGCUCAGUCUCAUGGAUCUUAUGGCCUCCAAAACACCGACUUCUUGUUUGACUUCCCUAAGUUUGGCGACUUGCCCGGCUCGCAUAUCUUUAAUGGUCAAAACAAGGUCGACCAGUCCAAGGCCAAGAACAGCAAUGAGACAGUUCGCUCAACGAGCGUUCUGAGCCGUGAUAACCUGAAUGGUCUCAUCGGUGCACCGGCUGUCCCCUCUAGCCACUCUAGUGGCACCCCCCCCUGUCCUUCGGACUUUCGGCAACACCCCUUCAUCCACUACUUCAUCCAAGGCACCGCACAAGAAUUCCAAAGUCAGCUACUAUCCUCUAGUGGAACUUCACCUGAACCCAGCUUGAACUCUCCGCCAGAUGGAAAGCAGCACGACGCGUCCUGCGGUGGCUCAAUCAACGGUGAGGAAUCUUUCUGCGCCAAGCUUGGCAUGGCCUGCGGCAACGUCAAUAACCCCAUCCCAGCCGUUAAAAAUAAGCCUGCCAACGAGCCGAGCAACCCCAAACCUCCGGUGGAGGAUUCCUUCGGCUUUGACUGGUUGUCCCAACAGAAUGGUGGCCAGUUCGACCCGGUCCUCUUCGGCGAUUGGCGCGAGCCACAAGAUGCAGUUCUGUCUCAAGACUUUGGCUCAUUUUUCAAUGACGCUUUUCCCUUGCCAGACCUUGGCAGUCCCUCCCACAACCUCUCUGAGGCAUCUACUCAGCAGCAGCAACCGAAGAAGCCAAGCCCGCUCGGUCCAUUGGAUGAGCAGGUUGAUGUUGAUGAAGAGGUUGUUCCCGGAGAGGACAAGACGCAGAUGCUCUCCUGUACAAAAAUCUGGGACCGCUUGCAAUCCAUGGAAAAAUUCCGCAACGGAGAGAUUGACGUUGACAACCUUUGCUCUGAGUUGCGCACCAAGGCUCGCUGCUCUGAGGGCGGUGUCGUGGUAAAUCAGGAUGAUGUCGACGCCAUCAUGGGCCGCGUGAAAUAA